AUGGACGAGAAGCGAGCAGAGUUUAAGGAGGCAAUGCGCAUCAAGCCGGCCUACAGCACAACAGAGUUCUCCAAACAAUGCUGGGGCUACCCUCACUCACCAGAUGAAGCUUCUAACCCAGGGGUGACUGUCAUCCAGGAGGGACAGCCACAACAGCCGCAGCUCCCAGAAACCGAUGCCGACCAUGAAGAACAGAGGACCAACACAAGAGAAGUCUUUCCUCUUCUCGCCCUCUGGGCCUUCGCAGUCGUCUUCUCCCUGCUCUACUCCUUCUUUGUUUAUAAAUCCAUGUUGAGCCAUGACCCCAAGAUCGGAGACCAGCUCCCUUUGGCGUCAACAACUAACUUGGUGGUAUCGGUGUUGUCCCAGGUGCUGGCGAACAUGAUUGACAUGCUGGUGACGGGGUCAUUUGAUAUGCUACGGUGGCAGCUGGCUGCGAGAAAAAUUGGGGUGUCUGCGACGACCUUUCUCCAGCUGAGUAGCUCGACGCAAUGGAUUUCGGUGUUGUUUUUGACUGUGACAAAGAUGUCGAACAAAGCAGAAUUUGUCUACUUCUUCUCUGAAACAGCCUCUCGAACGCCAGUCUUCGCAGGCUCAGGAAUUCCCGUAGACGAAACCUUGCUAGCCAUCGUCCCUGGUUCCUAUAUCGGUCUCUUCUUCAUGUCCUGGAUCCCGACACUGCUGGAUGUGCCUAAAUAUGCAGUGCCCAUGCCAAUUGACAGUUGCAAGGAGAACUGUACAUCGGUUUUCCUGCCUGGUGGUAUCGAGACGGCAAGGAUAGCGGGCCCUUAUCUGAACCGGACCUUGCUGGAGGGCGGCGCGUUGAGAAAUGCAGAAACCAUCCAGAUCCAUAACGCCCCUGGAGUUCUUCUGACCUACCAGACGUUGGGUCCGGAGUUCAAGUUUGACUUUGUCACAGAGUGUGCCUUGUAUGGACAGCAGCUUGACGACAUACUUCAAAUUUGCAUAAAAGCUAUCAACGGUUCCCUAGCAGUUGGUUGGGCCGCCUGCCCAACGUCCAUCUACACAGCCAAAGCUUGCACAACCAACACAACCUGGCUCUAUAAUCCCCUCACCAAACAAGUCCUCAUGACGCGCUACAAGCGUUACGCUACAGUCUCCUACAACGGCAACGACUUCACAAUCGUCAACGUGGAGCCCACAUCCCCUCUCCAUCCCGAACCACUCAAUGUCACAACCUACCUCGCCGCCUUCCAAAAGCUCUUCAUCCCUCCCCCGCCCUUCACUGCCGAUAUCUCAACUUCGAACACCGCUACUCCGAUCGAAGCACACAUCGUCAACGCUCUCACCUACGGGAUAACCUGGCUAAUCCGCCUGUAUGACGACAUGUUUCCAGACGACAUGCAAACGCCCCUCUCUCACCUCCGCAACUUCCUUGCCAUCCCCCACCAAUUUAUGGUCACAUGCUUGCAAUACGCCAACUACAGCGUCACUCCCGAACUUGCAAGGGUGCUAGGCAAGGAGGGAAGGUUCUCCCUGCCAAGUGAUAUGCAGACAUUUGCUUCGCGAGGCGUGUCGACGACGAGGUUCUUGGGUGUUAGAUGGGUCGUGUGGGUAUAUAUUGCGAGUGUGGCGGGCGUUUUGGUUGUCAUUGGGGCGAUGAUUGUGGGAAUGGCAUUAAGGGAGGAUGGGAUUCCAGCUUCGACGGGGUUUGUGGAGGUGGAUUUGGCUGCGAGGUUUCAGGGCAGGGGGGAUGACGGUCGGCUUGGGGGGUUUGAGGAUGGGUUAGAUGGGUUGAGAGAGUUAAAGAGUGCGAAGGCUGUGAAGUUGGCUGCGCCGACGUCGUUUAAUGUGGCGAGGGAGCUGAAGAGGAGGAGGAUACGUGUCAUGCCGGUUGCUGGGCAGGGAGGGAAAGCAAGGCUCGCAAGCCCGGAUCCAGCACAAGUUGCCAUGGUUAAUGUCCUCGACACUGCAGUCCACGACAAGCUCAAGGCACAAACCCCGGGAUAUGCGGGCAGAGAGGUCCCGGGACUGGAGAAUGACAUCGACUCGGUGCUCGCCAUGGUUGUUGACAAACUUAGGACCAAGUACGCUGUUAUUGGUCGCGAAGACAGAGGGAAGAAGCCGCUUCUUGAGUUUGCAUCCUUGGCGACUUACUUCACUCUCGACUCCACUGCCAAGAUCUCGUUUGGCAAGGACCUUGGACACAUCAAGGAGGAAAAGGACGUGUAUGGGUACAUCGAGGGUAUGGAGAAGCUGUCCCCUGUACUCGCGGUCAUCAUGGUCGUGCCAUAUCUGCGUUGGAUCUUUUCAUCGAAGCUUGUGGUUUGGUGGUUGUCGCCUAAGCCCUGGGACAAGAAAGGGAUUGGUGCUAUUAGACGGAAGAGGUUCGCAGAGAAGGUAGAGAUGGAAGACCACAAAGACAUGCUAAGUUCGUUUAUCCGUCACGGUUUGAGCCAGCGUCAGUGCGAGAUUGAAGCCAUGAUCCAGAUCACUGGUGGCACGGAUAACACGUCGACAGCUAUCCGGAGCAUCAUGCUCUAUCUCUUGGCCACACCACACGCCUACCAGGCACUGCAGGCUGAGAUAGACGAGGGCAUCCGAACAGGCAAGAUCUCCAAUCCCGUCACCUACUCCGAGGAGCAGCAGCUUCCAUACCUCCAGGCCGUCAUCCUCGAAGCUCUUCGUCUCCACUCUCCCUUCGUGGGCAUCCCCUUAAAGAAGGCCCCGCCGGAGGGAGACGUGAUCAACGGCAAACGUGUGCCAGGAGGGACUCUGGUCUCGGCCAAUAUGUGGCUGGUCGGGCGCACGAAGCGCGUAUUUGGCGGCGACGAAGACAUCUUCCGGCCCGAACGCUGGCUCGAAGCAGAUGCUGCUCAGAGGGCCGAGAUGCGGCGUGCGGCAGAGCUGUUUGGCGCUGGUCGGUGGUUGUGUUCCGGCAAGUUGAUUGCAUACAUGGAGUUGAACAAGUUCUUCCUCUUUCGCCACUUCGACUUCCAGCUCGCCAACCCGUUGCGGCCGUGGCACUCGGAAAGCUAUGGCUUUCACUUCCACAAUGACAUGUGGGUUUCUGUUUCAUGGCGGCAGAAUCAGUAA